AUGGGUGCAUGCAAUUCGGCAUGUUGCGCUUAGAAAGAGAGGGAAAGUGAAAUUAAAGGUGUUGAAGUUUAAUCUUCAAAGCUUAAAGAGAAUAUUCGUCCAUCAUUGAAAUAAAAGAAUGCUCAAUCUAGAGAUGAAGAGAACUACAAAUCAGAAAUAAGCACAAAUGUUAAAUUUUAGAACUAAAAUGAAUCAAAUAGCAAGUAUUAAUAUAAUAGCAAGUACGAUGAAGCGUAGUCCAUUGAAAAUAAUUAACAGCAAUAGCAAUCAUAGAUACUUUAGACAUAGCCUAACAACUCUAAUAAUCAGAAAUCAAAUGCAAGUAUUUAGGGAAAUGUAAAUGACGGUGCAGCUCCCACAUAACAUGAAAUUACUGAAGAAAAAUAAUCACAAAAAGCUAUAGAAUCAUAAAGGUUACCAACAAAUAACUAAAAUAAUAUGGAUGGUGCAGAGAAAACUUCGCAGAGAAAUAUUACUGAAUCAGCUGCUGGAAUCAAUAACAUUCAAACAAAAGAAGAAAUACAAUCUGUUAAAGAUACAGAAUAAUAGAAAGUAGAAAUCCCAUAGCCAUAAAAAGUUGAUCCACUAGAUUAGUCAGUAGGAAAAAGAAUUAAGUUAGAAGCAAUCACUCUAGAAAAUUAAGCAGUUUAUACAGGAGAGUGGUUUAAUAAAAUGAAAGAUGGUCACGGCGAGUAACUUUGGCCAGAUGGAUCCAAGUAUGAAGGAGAAUGGAAACAAAAUAAAAGUUGUGGUAAAGGAAAACUCAUUCAUGCUGAUGGUGAUAUUUACGAAGGCGAAUGGGAAGAUGAUAAAGCAAAUGGAAAAGGAGUUUACAGACAUAAAAACGGAGCAAUAUUCGAAGGAUAUUGGAAAAACGACAAGCAACAUGGUAAAGGUAUUGAAGAAUGGACUGAUGGUGCCAGAUAUGAAGGAGAUUAUGUAGACGGUAAAAAAAAUGGCACAGGCAAACUUAAGUUUUCUGAUGGAUCUAUUUAUGAGGGUUAGUUUGAAAACAAUCAUAUACAUGGAGUUGGUGUCUAUAAGUGGCCUGAUGGUAGAAAAUACGAAGGCCAAUGGAAAAAAAAUAUGAUGCAUGGAAAAGGUAAAAUAGAAUGGAGCGAUGGAAAGUCAUAUGAAGGAGAAUACAGAGAUGAUAAAAAACAUGGAAGUGGUGUUUUUAAAUGGCAAGACGGCAGAAAGUAUGUUGGUACUUGGAUUAAUGGUAAAUAACAUGGAAUAGGUGUUUACCAAUUAACUAAUGGAGAAAAGAAAGUUGGAGAAUGGAUUGAAGGAAAAAGAGAAAGAUGGCUCUCAUAAGAGGAAAUACAAUAAUUGGUAAAUGAAGGAAAACUACAACUUUGA